ACAUGAAGAUGAUUAUGUCGGAUCCAGGGUGGGAAAGAGCGCUGCUCUCUAAAGCCACACCUUCCGUGUAAUACACCUCUAAGUGGGUUUUACCUUCUCUCCCAGCAGGUACCCCAGUAUCCUCCCCCUACCUACGUGCCUACCUAUCCGCACCUACUUGCGACGCUCAGCAGCUUUUGUUCCACUCCAACAAUACAUAACAACUUUCUCACAUCCGUACCUGCACAUACAAGGUCGAAAACAACCAAAUCACACUGCAACCUCCGCGGGAGACGAGGAUAUUUGCCCUUUCAAAGAAUUCUCACGUCUGACUCGAGACAAUGGCGGGUUACGACGACGACGAUUUGUACGAGCGACAGUCUCAUUCAUACGACGCGAAGAAACGCAAAAGAUCACAGUCGCCCUCGAGAAACGGCAAUUCCUCGCGAAGAGGCAACAAGCGCGAGGACGGAACCGAUGAACUUCCACAGCCCUACAAUGCGAAGGAGCUUCAGCCCGCUAAGCGCCGAGCCGUCUCGCCCUCCGAACAGCCUCGCAAGCAGAAGCGACCGGGUGCCCGAGCCCGCAUCUCUGAGUCCGAAAGAGAGGCCAUCCGCCAGAGAGCACUCGACAGAGAGAAGGAAUUGGAAGCUGCGGCCCACGCUGCUGCUGAGCGUCAGCGCUCGGGCGGUGCCAACAAUGAUGUUGUCACGCAACAUUACAACAGUGUACCAGAGCGUGGUAGGGACUGGAGACGAACCGAUAGUAAGAUCAAGGGCCUGCGCGCCUUCAACAAUUGGAUCAAGAGUUGCAUCAUUCAGAAGUUCUCGCCAGACGAAGACUACACCCCGGGCUCUCGUGAGCCGGGCGCAAAGGAGCUCCUCGUGCUCGACGUUGGUUGCGGAAAGGGAGGUGACCUCGGCAAAUGGCAGCAAGCACCUCAAUCAGUAGAGCUCUACGUCGGUCUCGACCCUGCAGAUAUCAGCAUUGACCAGGCUCGAGAGCGUUACCGUCAGAUGGGCAGCCGCGGAGGCGGUGGCAGAGGCGGUAGAGGAGGAUACAGACGACCACCCCCUCGUCUUUUCGAAGCACGCUUCCAGGUCAAGGACUGCUACGGCGAAAACAUUGAGGACAUCGAGAUCAUCAGACAGGUCGGAUUCGACACCAGCCCCCUCAGCCGACGAGGAUUCGAUGUCGUGAGCAUGAUGUUCUGCAUGCACUAUGCCUUCGAGACGGAGCAGAAGGCUCGGACCAUGCUGCGCAACGUAGCAGGCUCAUUGAAGAAGGGAGGUCGCUUGAUCGGAUGCAUUCCCAACUCUGACGUCCUUGGUGAUCACGUUCGGAAGUUCAACGAGCAGCAGGAAGAGAAGAAGAAGAAGGCUGCAGAAGAACCGCCGCAAGAAGCAGAGGAGGGCGAAUUGGAAGAUGGUGAGGCAGACCAGUCGGCGGAAUGGGGCAAUUCCAUCUACCGGGUCCGAUUCCCAGGCAAGACACCUGCUGACGGCGUCUUCCGCCCGGCAUUCGGUUGGAAGUACAACUUCUUCCUCGAUGAAGCUGUCGAAGAGGUCCCCGAGUACGUUGUGCCGUGGGAAGUCCUCAGAGCUCUUGCUGAAGACUACAACCUCGAGUUGCAGUACCACAAGACUUUCAUGGAGAUUUGGGAAGCGGAGAAAGAUGACGAGACCUUGGGUCCUUUGAGCGAGAGAAUGGGGGUUCGGGAACGUGGUGGCGGACGUCUCCUUGUUUCACCAGAGGAGUUGGAGGCGGCGAGCUUUUACACUGCUUUCUGCUUCUACAAGGUCUAAACAGGGAAGUGGCAUAGGAACAAGAGAGUCAGGUCUAGCAGGAAAUACACCGCUUUCUGCUUCACAGGGUCUAACCAUUGGAAGUAGCAAGGAGGUAUGCAAGUCAGGUCUAGCAGGAAACCUUAGGAAAUUUCAAGAAACCCCAAAAUACCCUAUCUGGGUCAGGGUACGACUAACUGUGUUGCUUGAAGAACCUCAUUGUGAUAUUGAGCAUCUCUCUGUGCAGAUAUAUACUAGUCAUCCCGAUCUAUAAACCCCUUCCACCC